AUGGCACAAGAAAUUUCUCUAGAGAUGGUCCGGAGUCAUCUGGCCGAUCUUGGAUACGUGGAGGUUCCAGAUGAUGUGCUGGAUGAGUUCAGAGAAGAACUUUCGAGAAGAAUCCGCUCGAAGGCAGCUGAAGACAUCCCAGCCCCACUGCAAGAGAAGCAGAAAGUAAGCAAGCAGGCCCAGGAACCUGAGAUCGGCCAGUACGCUGACGCCAAGAACAUGCUGCGUACACGAAGGCCGCACACGUCGUAUGAGAGGCAGAGGAAGGUGGAGGCAGAGGACCGACAGAGCUUGCAUGGCAUGCACUAUGAUGGCGAUGGCAGUGAAGAGGAGAAGGAGAAUGUCGUCCCCGACAGCGGCAGGCAGCCGAAGGCGCCAAACGAGCUGUCGAGGUCGGUCUGUUCGAUCAGCAGCGUCAAGUCAUGCUCAAGCGGUGUCAUCCGUCCGUCAACGCAGAUGUACGGCAGGCUGCAGAAGAAGAGCGAUCCUGUGGCAGGAUACAUGAAGAUGAAGCAGUGCUGGGACGUUUCGCUCCCCAGCUCACGGCAGAGCAGAAGUUACGUGAAGCCGAGCAGCUUGCAGCCGCCGAUUGAGAGGCAGAUCUGGAAGGCGACACAUCCUCUACAGAACAGCAUGGGAACGAGUGACUACGUGGUCCCUUCUUCCAAGCCUCGCACGCGCGAGCGCAUCAGCGUUCGUGACUGCGCGAAGUGGACGGACGUUUAUCAGCCGAGAAAGACGGACAGAGUGGAGGCAAACCAGGUGAUCAAGGAGUAUGUUCCACCCGAUGCCAAGAGGCGAGAUGAUGUCCGGUGGAGGACGCGGGUGAUGAUGCUCUCGUGA